GUACGUUACUGCUGGUUCCUCUUUUUGAGUCUCAUAUAUCACUCCGUUUUAGAGGGACACUUCCUUCUCUCCGCCAUCUGCCGUCCUUUUCUUUCCUUCUCUCUUUUCUCUCCGUCUGUCCUCUUUUUUUCUAACCAUCACAACCUUAAUUCCUCUCCUCUGUGUUAACCGGUUUAGCGCCACAUCUACACACGUUUGAUAUGAGGACUGUAGGUAUUCAUUUCAAGUUUAGACAGAUUUACGGCAGGCAGGUCGUUUCUUGGAACUUUAGUUAUUUCACCGAACAUGGCAGAGGAAUCCUAGAAGAUUAACGAAACCCCAAACCUCUUCUUUCAGCUGACAAACAACAAUUAUGGAUAUCAAGUGUCUUGCUGAUGGAUUAAGGUCUUACACUUUACAUUUAAGUGCAAAGCUAAUGAAUUCUACCCUUAGUGUUAACAUAUGCAUAGUGACUGCCCUCUACCGAUUGAAACAGGGCUAUUGCAAUUUAUUGUUUGCUAUAAACUGAUCUAGUGGCAAGUGACGAGUAUGGAGGCAGUUUUGUCACCAAAAAACCCUUACCUGCUCUUUUCUAUAAACCAAUGUCUCCCCUGUCUCUAGGAAGGAAGCGUGCAUCUACACUCCACUGCCAGCUCUCCGAGCACCACCUACUUGCUAGGACGGCAGGCAUGAGUAGAUGCACACUUUCAGUAGAAAGAAAGUAUUUCCUACAUGAAACUGUUCACAACGAGGUCUGUGGAUUAUCAUGAUUUCUAGAAAGAGACGUUGCUGUUAAUUUUUUUUUAAUGUAUUUUGGCGCUUCGAACACCACAAGGCGAAUGCCUCAUAGUCCCAUUAUAUUUAUUCUAUUGGAGAGAAGGCGGAUAUUUCUACAGCCAACACAUCUGGAUUGAUAAAUAGCACAGGCGCCAGUGAACGGUGACAUGCCUCCAGCUAAAGGCCAAUCAGAGAACGACAGUGGUGUCGAGCUGACCAAUGAGAACAGCCCUCUGACCGCUGCCGAACCGCCCUCCCCCUUCAGCCCCAAGCAGAACGGAGACGCCGCCUCACCUCAAGAUGGUAACCAAGGGUCAGAGGGAAGUAGGAAGAGGAGCAGGAAGAAGUCAGAGGAGGAGGAAACUACCUGGGACUCCGACAGCGAGGACAAGACGUCAGGAGCGUCUCAGCUGGGUUUGAGAAAGACGCCUCGACCUAGAACCAUCUUUCAGGCCGGUCUGAAGCCGCGCACGCACAACAAGCCUCGCAGACAGAACCGCAAACAAGAGCCCAGCAUGUUACUGUCUGGUGUUGGUGGUGGUCCUCAGGUGGCAGUGGUUCUGUCCAGCAGGAUCCCAGAGGCCCCCCGUCCCGAGCUGAUAGAACAAGACUCCAAGGACUCAGCCCAGAGCAUCAGCACCUCAUCCAGCUCUGAGAUCCAGCCAGAGUACAACGACAACAAGGGUUUUGGUAUUGGCGAGCUGGUGUGGGGAAAGAUCAAAGGCUUUUCUUGGUGGCCCGGCAUCGUGGUGACGUGGCGCGCCACUGGCAAACGGCAGGCCAGCAACGGCAUGAGGUGGCUGCAGUGGUUUGGAGAUGGAAAGUUCUCUGAGGUUUCAGCUGACAAACUGGACUCCAUCACUGCCUUCCCCAAGUUCUUCAGCCAGGCUUCCUACACCAAACUGGCCUCCUACCGCAGGGCUAUCUUCCAAGCACUGGAGAUGUCCAGUAUCCGGGCAGAGGAGAAGUUUCCUCCCUCCGAGUCGGACAAUGCAGAUGAUCAAGUCAAACCCAUGCUGGACUGGGCCAACGGCGGCUUCCUGCCCAAAGGGGAGGAGGGACUCAAACCUACACAUACUGCUGACAGUAACCCUCUGGACCACCAGGUCCUGGAUGUUUCCCUGCCAGAGUAUUUCCCCAGCGCCAAGCGGCCCAGAGUCAGCCUUUGUAGGAGCAAGGCCGCCCCCGAGGAGUCCUACAGCAGAGAACAAAUGGUGAAUGAAGUUCUAAAAAAUAAAAGAAGUAUAGAAGAGUUCUGUCUCUCUUGUGGAAAGAUGAGAGCAGUAACCUUCCACCCACUGUUUGAAGGAGGCCUGUGCCAAACAUGCAAGGACGUGUACCUGGAGAUGUCCUACAUGUACGACGAUGACGGUUACCAGUCCUACUGCACUGUCUGCUGCGGAGGUCGAGAGGUUCUGCUCUGCGGCAACGCCAACUGCUGCAGGUGUUUCUGUGUGGACUGUCUGGACAUCCUGGUGGAUCCCGGAGCGUCUAACAAUGCUCGCUAUCUGGACCCGUGGCGAUGCUACAUGUGCCAGCCGCUGUUGCAGUACGGCGCCCUAAAGCGACGGCACGACUGGAGCCUCAAGCUGCAGGUUUUCUUCACCAACGACAAUGGACAGGAGUUUGAGAAACCAAAGAUGUUCCCAGCAGUCCCUGCAGAGCAGAGACGACCAAUCAGAGUCCUCUCCCUGUUUGACGGCAUUGCCACUGGCUACCUGGUUUUAAGGGACCUGGGUUUUAAGGUGGACCAGUAUGUGGCGUCAGAGGUGUGCGAGGACUCCAUCUCAGUGGGCGUUGUCCGACAUGAAGGAAGGAUCCAGUACGUCCAUGAUGUCAGGAACAUCUCCAAAAAAAACCUUCUGGAUUGGGGUCCAUUUGACCUGGUGAUAGGAGGAAGUCCCUGCAACGACCUGUCAAUCGUGAAUCCUGCCAGGAAGGGGCUCUAUGAAGGCACAGGGAGGCUGUUCUUCGAGUUUUACCGUCUGCUGAGCGAGGCCAAACCCAAAGAAGGAGAGGACAGGCCGUUCUUCUGGAUGUUCGAAAACGUGGUCGCCAUGGGCGUCAAUGACAAGAGGGACAUCUCACGAUUCCUAGAGUGUAACCCUGUGAUGAUCGAUGCUAUUGAGGUGUCUGCUGCUCACCGUGCCCGAUACUUCUGGGGAAACCUGCCGGGCAUGAACAGGCCUCUGUGUGCCUCUGGGAUGGACAAGCUGAAGCUGCAGGACUGUCUGGAUCACGGCAGAGUUGCAAAGUUUGGGAAGGUGCGUACCAUCACUACCCGCUCCAACUCCAUCAAACAAGGGAAGGAUCAACACUUCCCUGUCAUAAUGAACGGGAAAGAGGACAUACUUUGGUGCACUGAGCUGGAGAGGAUCUUUGGCUUCCCUGUCCACUACACAGACGUGUCCAACAUGGGUCGCGGUGCCAGACAGAAGCUCCUGGGCCGGUCCUGGAGCGUCCCCGUCAUCCGGCAUCUGUUCGCACCACUGAAAGACUACUUCGCCUGUGAAUAGACGCCAGCCAUCACCAGUUGUAAUGACACAUCAGCUUUUCCAUUGUGAUACUGGCUCCAGGGAACAUCAGCUGCCGGGCCACAUUUUUUAAAAGACCUGGAUGUUUCUCUUCACUCUUGCAGGAGAAUAACCAGUUUCUUUUCAAAUCAGUGUAGCUGGAAAAUAUUGAAAAUAGCUGUUUUUGUGUCCAGCCCUUUUGGGAUACUGGUGUUAAUGCACUGCAGCCUUAAACACACUAACACCGAGAUGAACAAAUAAAGCAUGGGCUGUCUUUCAACCCAUAGUAUCAGAGUCCCAUAGUAUCAGAGUACCAUAGUAUCAGAGUACCAUAGUAUCAGAGUACCAUAGUAUCGCUGAUGUUUGCCUCUCUGGAAGUUCAGCUGAGUUAAAAGGGAAAGAUGGCGAAACCUGACUUCCAUGUUUUGAUGAUUAAGAUUAGGCCUUUUUCAGUGACAGGAUUUUCUUUCUUUUGAAAUGCCCUGAGAAGGUAUUGUUUUUGAGUCGACAACACUUAGUAGUUGUAGAAAAUAGAGAACAACAUGGCACCAAAGGUCCAGCUUUUUACGGCACUGUAUCAAACUUUUCUUUGAGGACAUGUACAAAUUUCAGCGGAUGUUUAUGCCUCCAUUUAGCUGAUGAUUAAAAUGUGUGACAACAGGCUGUUGUUCUUGAACCAAAGUCUUUAGACGGACAGAUUUGGGCCGACAUGCUGCACUAGAAUCAGACCUGUGUGUAUUUUCUCAAAAAGGGGUUCGGAAAAGUUCAGAAAAGUCGAAACAUGAUAUCAGGGUUAUCUUUCAGAAUUCUAAGAUAAUACAUAUCCACAACUAUGCUAAAUUAUAUAAAAAUGUAUUGAUAAAUAAAACAGAAAGAGCAUUCAACAAAAACAUAUCACGCAAGUCUACGCCACACCGGUGCUUUGAAAGCAUUGUGGUUGUUCAAUGCUAACAAAAUAUAUUUUUAUAUUUGUUGAAAUUACAACAUAUUUAGAAAGAAACAAUAUGGAAAGUGCUCUGUAGGAAAAUACAUUCAGUAAUGGAAUCUAGUGCACUGCAGGCUAACCUGGAGAUGAAGCAGAGUUUGUCUUUAUAUUUAGUUCAUAUUUGUAGUUUUUCUGUUUAUUGUUGUGAAAGAAAAACAGACAAUAAUUUAGCUUGUUGUCUUUUGCUUUGAGUUCAUAUGAACAAAAUAGCUUAAAAAAAACUUUUGUCAAAGAUGAUAUAAAAAUGUUGUUGUAAAGAUUGUAUGAAACUUUAGUUAUACUGUCACAUAGAUAUCUCCCUGAUAGCUACAUACAAAUACUUGAAACAAGCCAAUGCAAAAACACAGAUAUAGAGAUUGUCUGUUGAGAACCGUUCCAGACAGCUAAGAACUUACGAGUGAUGGCAAUUAUCCUUUUGUAGAAGUUUAGAUUUUAUCGUUAAAAAAAACAUUGUUUUAGCUCACUGUAGCGUUUGGAUGUCGGUGAUGUCGGCCACAUAGAUAAGAUAAGUUAAUUUGAUUGCAGGAAAGGGUGAGUGUGUAAAUUUGGUUUUAAAAAGCAAAAAGGAGGGAAACACUGGCGAACACGCAAUAUUCCUUGUGAACUACCACUGACUAUUUUUGGUUUAAAUGCGUUUUAAAGUUUCCAAAACAUUUGACAUGCCAUGCUGUCUGACACUCUGCUUUGUUCUGUGGUGCACAUGCUUUGGUAUGCAGUAUGUAUAAGUAAUUACAAGUGCCCUAACUGUUUGAUGUGGCGCACAUUUGUUGCCAGAAGAACUGUUUUCCGGUGAGACUUAAAAGAAAAAGUUAUUGCAAUGAAGUCGUUUUUUAAUACUCCUUCAUAAUUAUACACUGCUAUUUCUUUUACCUGCAAUUACAUGCAAUUCUGUAUGCUUAAGCUUGCGCAUGUUCACCAGACAGAGGGUUUACUGGACAGUUUAUUGGUACCAAUUCUCUUGAUGUGAACAAAUUAUACUCACAAACAAUUGAUAUAUUCCUUUGAAAUAUCUUCUUUCUUUCUUUUUUGAUAACUGGGGGAAUAUUUUGAUGUUGUCAACUGUCACCAAAUUAUACUAAAUGGGCAUUACCUCAGACAAAGGGGCAACUGUACAUCACUGUAGGAUCUCUGUUCUGUGAAUAUAUACUGUAGCUUUAUGCUCCCAUAUGCCCUGUGUGUAUAUAUAUAUAUAUAUAUAGAGCUUGUAUUUUAUCACUGGAACUUUCAUUUUGAAACAAUAUAAGUAUUGUAUUGAUAGAAAGGUUUACAAGUGUUUUAACUCUCUUGUUUGACCAAGAACUACUUUGAAAAUGCACAAGCUUUCUUUUUUUUCUUUCAUGUUUAAAUGACCAGUUCAUUAAGAAAUGUAUAACUACUCUCUGGUGCUCAAAGUUAAAGUUCCUUUAAAGUGCCACCAGGAGCCUAUUUACUCUAAGUUGUCAAUCCUUUUUUUUUUUUAAACUAAAACGUAUUUGUUUACAUUGCUCAGCAAUACUGUUGAAUGUUUUGCUUAAAAACAGUUAGUAAAAGAAUCUAUAGAUUUUUGUUUUCUUUUUGUAACUGUCACAUAGAGGACAAAGUUAUUAACCAUAUAAAGCUUUCUGUCAUAGCACAUUAUAGAGCAUGUUAAUCAAUAGGUUUUUUAUAUCUUGUGUUGUGUAGAUGUAAAACCUUUUGAGUGCAUUUGUAGGCUUGCUUGUGAAUAAUAUCAGAGAAGUUUCUACUUUUUAUACUACAAUACUGAGAUAUCUUUUAUCGGGAUUCCAUUUGAGGAUUUAUUUUUAUUUUGCUGAAAGCUUUUAUGGAUCUAAAGUGCAAAAAGCAUUUCAAAAGAACAGAUUCUGUGCUAUUUUUAUACUUUUUUUCUGAUUAGUGUUGCAGUAUUUUUUAUGUUCAUUGACUUCUUAUAGCAACCAAUAUAUAGUUGUUACUCAAUAAAAAGCAAAAAAACA